CUCACUCACUCACUUCAUCUCUAGGUUUUAAAAAGUCCAUUUGUCUAGUUAAACCCAGCAUCAAUGGCGCCUCACGACAUCCGGCGACCGUUCAAACGCGCGGCGAUCUCCGAUCAACAAAAACGCCGUGAACUCUCUCUGCAACGACAGGCUCAGAACCGGACUGAAGCUCAGCUGCAAGCUCGCCGGCUCGCCUCCUCCAUCCUCUCCUUCCCGAACCACAACUCUGAUCCUCAACCACUCGACCUUGUUCCCGAACCUAUUGUUGAAGAACCGGAAACCGACGCCACCGGAGAUAUUAGCGAAAUCGACAUCCGUCAUGCCGCUCGGCUCAAAGGCUCCGAAGCUCGCCGCUGGUUCGCUAGUCAGCUCAUGCUUCCGGAGUGGAUGAUCGAUGUUCCUGACCGCCUUAAUGAGGACUGGUACGUAUUUGCAAGGCCUGCCGGAAAACGAUGCUUUGUUGUUUCAUCAAACGGAACCACCGUAAGCAGGCUACGAAACGGUUCACUCUUGCACCGUUUUCCUUCAGCUUUACCUAAUGGCGCCAGAACCAGAGAAAGUUCUAGAUCUGGCCAAUCAUAUUGUAUACUUGACUGCAUAUUUCACGAGUCGGAUCAAACUUACUAUGUAAUAGACAUGGUAUGCUGGGCGGGAAUCUCGUUUUACGAAUGCACUGCUGAGUUCAGGUUUUUUUGGAUGAACAGCAAGCUUGUUGAGUCGGGUGCUUGUGUGGGCCCCUCUACUUAUCAUAGAUAUAGAUUUAGCCUCGUUCCUGUUUAUAGUUGUGAUCAUGAGGGGCUUCAAACAGCUUAUACAGGGGCGGUACCUUAUUUGAAGGAUGGGCUACUGUUUUAUAACAAGCAUGCACAUUAUCAAACGGGAAACACACCGCUGGUGCUUGUGUGGAAGGACGAGAGUUGUAGUCAAUAUGUUAUUGAUACAGAUAACAAAGGACAGGUUCCAAAUCAACAGCAGGUGGUUUUGGAGCUACAAGAUAACGGGCAGCUGGUUACAUCCGAUGAUCCUCCGGUUGUACUUGGAUGCUUGAAUGCAACUUUCAUACAAGAGACAGGACUGCAAUCAGGAAACCUUGUACGAUUUGCUGUUAAUGAUGGUGGAUUAACGUUUGUGGAUGGGAAACUGGAGAAAGCUGAUUUACACUACAUAGGAAAGGUCCAUCGCGCACGUGCUUUUGCGGAUAGUUACUCCAAGAUUGUAUUCCAAUACAUGGUUCGUCAUUCACCUCUACGGAUAGAACAUCUGUUUGCAUCCAUCGGCAGUCCAAGUGAACAAGAGAGCAACGAGGUGGAAAUGGUUGGUUGAAGGUUUGAUCCUCACGAAUGUUUAUACGUUGUUUUGCCAUUGUUUUGAAUUACUGUGUUUACGUGGCAAUUCAACCCUUUUAAAUAUUAUAAUAUUAUUAUUAUGAAUAUAAGUAAUGUCAGACCUUCGCCUGCUG